CGGGUUGGCGUUGGUGCGGGCGGCAGCCGCCCUGCUGCGGGCCCUGGGUGUGCUUUGGGGGUGUAGCUGAGGGUGGCAGGUGUUCCCUCAGCGCCUCCCUGAGCCGGGAGAGCAGCAGCUCCUCGUGUGCGGACCCGGCGGCAGCCCGUGAGUGGCGGGGCUGCGGCAGCACAGGGGCCGGGGGAAGGCGCUGCCCCGCUGGGUUCGCUGCUAAGGAGCCCGAUGGUCGCUGCCAAAGCCCCGAGCCUGUCCGGGACAGCCCGGCCCGGCCGGGGCGGGGCGGCCGCUGCGGGAAGCGAAACCGAAAGGGAGCGCGCUGCCACCUUGGCGGCUCCUCGGUACCGCUCCGCCGGCACGCGUCCGCGGGUCCGCGCUUCUUUUCCCCCUGUAUUUCCUCAUAAAAUAAUUUGGCGUGCGGAUGAGACUGAGGGCGGGAGAGUGUGGAGCGAGUGGCAGCUCCUCUCCUGGCUCCCCAGCAGCCUGGUUCCCCCGUGUGUCCCCGGAGUGCGCUAUGAUCAGAGGCACUGGGCGAGGCAGAGGCUUGUGUCUUACCCAGUGGAGACAUAACUGCCCCAGCACUAACCGAGGUCUUUUUAACCACCCUCGUACCCCACAAGAAACUAAUCAGGAAACCUUUUUACACCAGCAGUUCCUUACGGAGCAGGAGGCUGAAGUCUGUGUGUUGCAGGGACAGGGAUCACACAAGGAGCCGCGCAGCAGAGGCGGGACACCGGCUCCUGCGGGCAGAUGGCAGCCCAGCCCCGGCAGGCCUGCAGGGCGUAGCUUCUCCAGCCAGCAUCCCCGGCCUGGGACUGUGCCUCGCUACUGCCCUCCGCAGUACCAUCGUCUGGAGAGCUCCAGGAGAGAUUCUGACUCUGUGAGGCUGGAUUUCCAACGACUGUCUCUUGCUGGGCAAGACUAUGAACAAGAAAUUCUGACUGUUCUCAGGCAGCUUGGGGAGGGGAGGACUUGCACGGCUAUCGAUCUGGCACGCAAACUUAAGGCUCAAAAGAAAGAGGUCAACCGGGUUUUGUAUAAACUCUUAGGAGAAGGCAAGUUGCACAAAGGGGGAGAGACACGGCCACUGUGGAGAAUUGCCAGCCCUAGCUCAGGGAGAGAAGGAAACCCUACUGACCCCAGUGCCAGUUGCACAGAUCCAGCUUGUGAGGGCAGAGGGGGAGAGCAGAGCACACUUGGCUCGGGAGACACAGACAUGGCUGAGACAAAGGAGAAAAUCUGCAACUACUUGUUCAGUGUGGUGGAAACAACAGCUCUCAAUCUUGCCAAAAACAUUGGGCUUUCCAGAGCCAAGGAUGUUAACGCAUUUCUUAGCGCUCUGGAAAAGCUGGGAGAUGUCCACAAGCAGAAUGCAACUCCUCCACGAUGGUCCCUGACAAACAGGAAACGGGAGAGGAUGCAGAUGAGGCUGAAGGCCAGCACAGUAAUGCAGAUGGCAGAUCCCACACCUCCUGAGUCAGGUCUUCCCUCUUCCUUUGUCCCUCCAUGUCCCCCAGAGAUGACUACAGCUUUGCCAGCAGUGAAGAAAGAAAGUGUAGAAAAUGAGCAGCAGCCUUUGGGUCAUGCUGGUCAAGGCAAUGUUGGUAUCACAGAAGCAGAUGCAUCUGAGGACAUUAAGCCUGAAUUCUCCAGUUUGAGUAAUUAUGAUAACUCAGAAAACAGCAAGUGGACCACAGAUGAUAUCCCAGAUAAUCUGAAUGCUAUCAACAAGCAGCCUGAUAAGUCGGAAUGCAUCAUGAAUUCUCAGUCUUCCCCCAGUUAUGCUGCCCAGUUCGAAACUGCUUUCCCAUGUUCACCUGUAGAGAAACUGAUAGCUUGUCAGGAGAAGAACCCAGUGAGUGGCCUUACUGAAUAUUCCCAGUACACAUAUCAACACUGUGAUUUUGUCAUGCUGGAGCAGAAUGGCCCCUCUCAUGAGCCACGGUUUAAGUUCCAGGCAGUGAUUAAUGGGCGCCGAUUCCCACCAGCAGAGGCAGGGAGCAAAAAAUUGGCUAAGCAGGAGGCAGCAGCUAAUGCAAUGAAGGUCCUGAUAAGUGAAGUGGAGAAUGGAAGGCAUGGCGGAAUUAAAUGUGAAGAGCCAUUUCCCUCUGACAGCUCAGAACCAGAAUUGUCUUUGCAGCUGGAGCCAGAGCUGUCACCUGCAGCAGCUCACCUCAGCCUGCUUCCUGGGAAGCACCCUAUCAGCGUGCUAAUGGAGUAUGGUCAAAAAUCAGGGAAUAUAGUUGAAUUCCAGCUGCUCUCUCAGGAUGGCCCACCUCAUGAUCCUAGGUUCAGCUACUGUGUGAAAAUGGGUGACCAAAUUUUCCCCGCUGUGGUAGGAAACAGCAAGAAGGGAGCAAAGCAAAUGGCAGCAGAAGUUGCUGUGAAGAUUCUUUCUGGAGAGUCUGUACCCCAUGUCUUGCCUGAACAGCCUGUUGAGAAGCCCCACAGUGACCAGCCCAUGCACAAUAUUGCCACUCCAGAUGAAUCCAAGAUGGUGAAAAGGAAGGGUGUUGGGGAGCUCAUCAAAUAUCUUAAUGUCAAUCCUGUCAGUGGCCUGCUGGAAUAUGCCCGUUCCAAUGGGUUUGCUGCGGAGUUCAAACUCAUUGACCAGUCAGGACCUCCCCAUGACCCCAAGUUUGUCUAUCAGGCGAAGGUUGGUGGCCGCUGGUUCCCAGCUGUAACUGCCCACAACAAAAAGCAGGGCAAGCAGGAGGCAGCUGAUGCAGCGCUGAGAGUCCUGAUUGGGGAGUCAGAGAAGACUGAACACAUGGAGGGGACGAGUGUCACUGAGAGGUUAGCUGGCCCUGGAGCUGUGUCAUACAAGCUGCUCACCCUGUGCUGUUGUGCCCCAUCCCAGCUCCCCGUGAGUGGCAGCACCCUGCACGAUCAGAUGGCCAUGCUGAGCCACCAGCGCUUCAACAGCCUGACCGCUCGCAUCCAGCACAGCCUGCUGGGCCGCAAGAUCCUGGCUGCCAUCAUCAUGAGGAGAGCAGAUCAGGGCUUGGGAGUGGUUGUCAGCAUUGGAACAGGUAAUCGCUGUGUGAAAGGAGAAGAGCUAAGCUUAAAGGGGGAGACAGUAAAUGACUGUCAUGCAGAAAUCAUUUCUCGAAGAGGCUUUGUGAGGUUUCUUUACAGUGAGCUCAUGAAGUAUGACCCGUCCAAUCCUUCUUCUGCAGAAGACAGCAUUUUUGAGCAAGCGGGAGGAAAGAAACUCAGAAUAAAGAGCAGUGUUACCUUUCACCUCUACGUCAGCACAGCACCGUGUGGAGAUGGAGCACUCUUUGAUAAAUCCUGCAGUGAUCAGGCAAACGAGGUGGGACAGCCCCAACACCAGCCUCUCUUUGAGAACCCCAAGCAAGGCAAGCUGCGGACCAAGGUGGAGAAUGGGGAAGGUACCAUUCCAGUGGAGUCGAGUGACAUUGUGCCCACAUGGGACGGGAUCCAGCAUGGGGAGCGGUUACGAACCAUGUCCUGCAGUGACAAAAUCCUGCGCUGGAAUGUACUUGGCUUGCAAGGAGCAUUGCUGUCACACUUCCUAGAGCCAGUUUAUCUCCGCUCUGUCACACUCGGUUACUUGUACAGUCAGGGUCACUUGACACGUGCCAUCUGCUGCCGCAUGGAGAGGGAUGGGAGCACACUGAAGGAAAAGCUCCAGGCUCCAUAUCACAUCAACCAUCCUGAGGUUGGGCGAGUCAGCGUGUAUGACUCUGCAAGGCAGACGGGCAAGACAAAGGAGUCCUCGGUGAAUUGGUGUCUUGCUGAUGAAAGCGAAGUUGAAGUCUUGGAUGGCACCAAAGGGAAAGUAGAUGGUCUGAAGCUGGAGGUGUCUCGCGUGUCCAAGAGGAAAAUGUUCACCCUGUUCCAGCAGCUCUGUGCAAAGAACAACCGCAGAGACCUGCUGGGCUUCUCGGUGUACUCGGAUGCCAAGGAGGCAGCCACAGCAUACCAGGCAGCCAAGCAGUGCUUCUUCAGCACCCUGGAAGAGCUGGGCUGCGGCAGCUGGAUCCGCAAACCCCAGGAGGAAGAAAAUUUCUCUGUCCUUGAUGCGUAAGGAAGCGCUCUGCAAGGAGUGGGGGGUGAAUGUGCACAGGCCUGUGCUCGUCCUUCUUUCACCACGUUUUUGGAGUGGAAUCAGAACUGUGCAGCAGCUUCCUCAUAGGCCCAGCUGCCUUGUCCCUGUUACUCAGACCCUGCGUUUCUAAAAUGUGCACGUAAAUGAUUCUCCUUUUUUAAGCAACGGCAGGUUCAGUCCCCAUUUGCUUUUUUAUAGUUUUAUCUGUUCCUCCUUUUUUUGUUUUUUAAAGAAGGCACAAAAAACCAGAGGAAUUUUCAAGACUGUGAGCUUGAAACCUUUGGACCAUGUACUGCAAAUCCCUCUGGCAGGUUU